GCUAACGAUAUAUAGCAUGUAGCUUUUGCAUAAACUUGGAGGCGAUCUUUGGAUAAGUGUGAUCGUGUUUACUAUGCUGUGAAACACUGAAAUGGCUGGUCGUAUUCCUCUGGUUUUGCUGGCCUGUGGCUCCUUCAACCCCAUUACCCACCAGCACAUGCGGCUGUUUGAGCUGGCCAGAGACCACAUGCACCAGACGGGUCUGUAUCGUGUUGUGGGUGGUAUUGUUUCUCCUGUCGGUGAUAAUUAUGGAAAACAGGGUCUUGUUGUUUCGAAACAUCGACUUGCUAUGGCAAGACUGGCCCUGCAGAGCUCUGACUGGGUUUCUGUAGAUGACUGGGAGAGCCAGCAGGCGGAUUGGACCGAGACUGUGGUGACCAUGAGGUACCACUAUGACCGCAUAGCUGCACAGUACCACAACAGCAAGGACCCACCCACAGCCUCUGAUGUUCCUCAGCUGAAGUUGCUUUGUGGAGCAGAUUUCAUGGACACCUUUAAGAUUCCUGGUCUGUGGAGGGAUGAUCAUGUAGAGGAGGUGGUGGGCCGCUUUGGACUGGUCUGUGUGAGCAGAGGUAGCCUGCAACCAGACCGGGCUAUACACGAGUCUGACUUGUUGUCCAGGCACCGCCAGCGCAUUUUUCUCGUUCGGGAGUGGGUCCACAAUGAGAUCAGUGCUACAGAGGUCCGACGAGCCCUACGGAGAGGCCAGAGUGUUAAAUAUCUCUUACCAGACUCGGUCAUUGAUUACAUAAGAGAGCACAACCUUUAUACACAAGACAGUGAGAUGAAGAACAAAGAUGUCAAACUACGACCUCUUACCAUGCAAACAAUACAAGACUGACGUACAGGAAGUAGCCUUCAGUGGUCUUGGUCACUAGUAAUUGCUAAAUAUGUUUCAAAAGAUUGCAUUUUCUCUUACUUGUCAUUUUGAAGAUGUGAAAGCAGCUUUAAAAGAGUUGCCUAUUUUGUCUUGUGUAAAGUGAGCAUUAUCCAU